AUGGAAAGCGGAAACCAAACUGUCAUCUCCGAGUUCCUCCUCCUCGGUUUUCCCAUUGAACCAGACCAGCAAGAACUAUUUUAUGCCCUUUUCCUGAUCUUGUAUCUUACCACUGUCCUGGGGAACCUCCUUAUAAUCACACUCAUUGGCCUGGACUCCCGCCUUCACACUCCUAUGUACUUCUUUCUCAGCAAUUUGUCCUUCUCUGAUCUCUGCUUUUCUUCUGUGACCAUUCCUAAGUUGUUACAGAACAUGCAGAGUCAAGUCGCAUCCAUCCCCUACGCCAGCUGCCUGGCUCAGAUGUUCUUUUUCCUGCUGUUUGCUGACCUGGAGAGCUUCCUGCUUGUGACCAUGGCCUAUGACCGCUUUGUGGCCAUCUGCUACCCGCUGCAUUACACCAGCAUCAUGAGCCCCAAGCUCUGUCACCUGAUGGUGGCUUUGUCUUGGGUGCUGACCACGGUCAUCUCGUUGCUGCACACACUGCUUAUGGCUCGCCUGUCUUUCUGUGCUGAUAACGUGAUCCCCCACUUUUUCUGUGACAUGUCCGCUUUGCUAAAGUUGGCUUGCUCUGACAUUCAAAUUAAUGAAAUGGUUAUAUUUAUCCUGGGAGGACUUGUCAUCAUUGUCCCAUUCCUGUUGAUCUUUUCAUCCUAUGCAAAAAUUGUGUCUGCCAUUCUCAAAGUCCCUUCUGCCAGAGGCAUCCGCAAGGCCUUCUCCACCUGUGGCUCCCACCUCUCCGUGGUCUCUCUCUUCUAUGGGACAAUCAUGGGCCUCUAUUUGUGCCCUUCAGCUAACAGUUCCACUGUGAAGGAGACUGUCAUGGCUGUGAUGUAUACAGUGGUGACCCCUAUGCUAAACCCUUUUAUUUACAGCUUGAGGAAUCAGGACAUGAAGGGAGCUGUGGGAAGGAUCUUUUCAAAAUGA